AUGAAACUUGGAGUUAUUCUAGGAAGCUCUUUUCUUCGCUCUUCUGCUUUUGAGAAUUUUAAUACCCACUCUAUAACUACAGAUUAUGGAAAUGUGCAAACCCUUGAGGGAGUGAUUGGAGAGGUUCCUAUUACCAUUAUUCGAAGGCACCAAUUUGAUGUAAAUAAGAAAUACGUGCCUCCCCAUGAAAUCAACUACAAAGCAAUGAUUGCCGCUUUCAAGCAGGUCGGAUGUGACAAAAUCAUCGGCUUCUAUUCCGUUGGCUCAUUGAAAGAAUCGAUUCCUCUGAGCUCGAUUAUUGUUCCUGACGACUAUGCGUAUCUUGGCUGUCCUCCCUAUUUUAGUUCGGAUCAUUCUUGUCACUUCGUUCCCUCAGCGUUGGAUGAGGAGAUGCGUAGAUCUGUAAUUCAAAUUCUGAAGGAAGAUGGAUUGAAUCCUGUCUGUGAAGGAACCUACUUUCAAACUGUGGGACCUCGUUUUGAAACAAAAGCAGAAAUCCGCCUAUACAAGGACUACUUUGAAGUAGUUGGAAUGACUGGAGCGAGUGAAGCGACCCUUUCUCAAGAAUUAGGCAUCCCCUUUUGUAUGGUUGGAAUUAUCGACAAUAUGUGCCAUGGACUGGGAGCUCCAUUAUCGAUUGAGGUAAAAAUUGAGUUGAAUUGCAAAUUAGUCCUUCAAUGCUCUGCAAGACAAGAAUUCUCAGCGGUUUGA